AUGUUAUUAUUAGAAACAUUAUUAUUAGCUGUAUUCUUAGUUUUAGAUGUAUUAUUAUUUUAUAUUUUUUUUGAAAGUAUAUUACCUCCUUUAUUCUUAUUAAUAGGAUUAUUUGGUUCAAGUAAUAAAGUAAGAGCUAGUUUCUAUUUAUUUUUAUACACUUUAUUAGGUUCAUUAUUUAUGUUAUUAUCUAUUAUAGUUAUGUCAUCUAUUAUGGGUACAACUGAUUUUGAUGCAUUAUCUAAAGCAAACUUUAGUUAUACUACACAAUUAUUUUUAUUUUAUGCUCACGUUGAAUCACCUUUAUCUGGUAGUAUUAUAUUAGCUGGUAUAGUUUUAAAAUUAAGUUUAUAUGGUAUAUUUAGAUUAAUGUUACCUUUAUUACCUAAAGCUUCUUUAAACUUUACAUAUAUUAUAUAUGUUAUAGGUGUAAUAACUAUUAUUUAUGCUAGUUUUAGUACAUUAAGAACAAUUGAUAUUAAAGAAUUAAUUGCUUACUCUUCUGUAUCUCACGCAGCUGUUUAUUUAAUAGGUGCAUUUAGUAAUACUAUACAGGGUAUAGAAGGUGCUAUAGUUUUAGGUUUAGCUCACGGUUUUGUAUCACCAGGAUUAUUUAUUUGUGCUGGAGGUAUUUUAUAUGAUAGAUCUUCUACUAGAUUAAUUACAUAUUAUAGAGGUAUGGCUCAAAUUAUGCCUAUUUUCUCUAUAUUAUUCUUUAUUUUAUCUUUAGGUAAUAGUGGUACACCUUUAACAUUAAAUGCUUUAGGUGAAUUUAUGUCAUUAUAUGGUGCAUUUGAAAGAAUGCCUAUAUUAGGUUUAUUAGCUAGUACUUCUAUUGUAUUAUCUGCAGCUUAUACUAUAUUUAUGUAUAAUAGAAUAGCUUUUGGUGGUUCUUAUUCUGUAUAUUUUGUAGAAAAUAUUGGUGAUGUUACUAGAAGAGAAUUUAUUUUAUUAUUAGUAUUUGUAAUAUUUACAGUAUUAUUUGGUAUAUAUCCUGCUCCUAUAUUAGAUGGUUUACAUUACUCAGUUUCUUCUUUAAUCUAUAAUAUUAAUUAA